AGAAAAUAAGAGACAGACACAGAUAGAUAUAUGUACAUACAUGCAUACAUACAAAUAUAUAUACGCAAAUCUAGAGAGAGAAAGAUAAGUAGAUUCGUAUAUAAGCCAAUGGAAGCCAAAUCCAAUGCUUCUCAAAUUUAACACAGAGAGAGAGACAGACAGACAGACAGAGUGAGAGAGAGAAGGAGAAGCCUCUGCCAAUGGCGGAUUCAAGCGACUCUGUUUCCGUUGACAUGGACAUUCUCUUUCAUGGUGGAAAGGAACACCUCAUAAAAACUGGCUGUGGUUCGGUGUCUGUUACUGUGUUUGGAGAUCCAGACAAGCCAGCUCUUGUUACUUAUCCUGAUGUAGCAUUGAAUCAUGUGUCUUGCUUUCAAGGGUUGUUCUUUUGUCCAGAUGUAUUUUCCUUGCUGCUACACAACUUCUGCAUUUACCAUAUUAGUCCUCCUGGGCAUGAGUUAGGUGCGGCUGUGAUUAAGCAUGAUGACCCAUUGUUAUCUGUGGAUGACUUAGCAGAUCAGAUUGCUGAGGUUCUUGAUUAUUUUGGACUCGGUGCAGUGAUGUGCAUGGGGGUGACUGCUGGAGCUUAUAUCCUAACCUUGUUUGCUAUCAAAUAUAAACAACGGGUUCUUGGUUUGAUACUCGUCUCUCCUCUAUGCAAAGCACCAUCGUGGACAGAAUGGUUGUAUAACAAGGUGAUGUCAAAUUUACUUCACUUUUAUGGCAUGUGUAGCCUGGUGAAGGAGUUAUUGCUUAUGCGAUACUUCAGCAAGGAAGUUCGUGGUAAUUUGGAAGUACCAGAAUCAGAUAUAGUUCAAUCAUGCAGAAGAUUGCUGGAUGAGAGGCAAAGUCCAAAUGUUUUGCGGUUUCUUGAAGCUAUUAAUGAGAGACCAGACAUCACUGAAGGGCUGAAGAAACUACAAUGCCGGUCUUUAAUAUUUGUCGGGGAAAACUCUUCUUUCCAUGCAGAGGCUCUACACAUGACUUCAAAACUAGAUAGAAGAUAUAGUGCAUUAGUUGAGGUUCAGGCGUGUGGGUCGAUGGUGACGGAAGAGCAACCCCAAGCCAUGUGGAUACCUGUGGAAUACUUCCUCAUGGGAUACGGCUUUUACCGGCCAUCCCCAUCUCAGUUCAAUGUCAGCCCGAGAAGCCCAUUGAGUCCAACCUCCCUCUCUCCAGAGCUUUUCUCACCAGAGAGCAUGGGCUUGAAGCUAAAACCGAUAAAAACACGAAUCUCCAUCGAAGUUUGAAUGAAGGUAAAAAUGUAGGAGCAAGAUUUUGUUUUCUAUAUAUCAAGAAAGAGUUUGUAUUUUCACUUGUUUGGAUGGGCAGUGUGGAGGAAAUUACUGGAGGAUUGUAGAUAAGAAACAAAAGAGAGGUAGAAAGCAUAAGUUGAUAAUAAAAAAAAGAGGGGUUUGUAUUCUUUCAUUUGUAGUCAUAAGGUUGUGUUUGGAUCUUUGAUUUGUGCGGAAAAAAGAAAAGAGAAGAAAAAUUAGCGUAAGUUAAUUAUUUUCUUUUUCUCUAUAAAUUUAAGAUCUGGACACUGUAUAGAUGUUAGUUAAGGACUGUGUUAUGUGUACAUCCUCGAAAUAAUUUAAUAAGAAAACAAUAUUUAAUAAGAGGUAGUAGGUGAACUUUUGGUUUCU